GAGAGCCGUGAGCCUAUCCAAUGGCAGAUCCCGAGAACUCUGUGCAGUCUCCCAGCUCAGGAGUCGAAGCCAUCUCCCAUGGCAGGUUCACCAUCAGUACUCUGGUCAGCAAUGAAGAAGACAGCAUGAACAUCUACUGCCAACCCGAGCUCACCUGUGGCAGCCUUGGCUCCAACAACCUGACUCAGAACAGCACCUUUUACUUGAGAACUUUCGGCUACAACACACUGGAUGUUGUGCCCAGUUACGAGUAUUAUGCCAACACUCAGAUGGCAGGAGAGGGAAAGAAAAACAGACCGACCCUAGCCGACCUGUGCAGCUACAUGAUGGAAACAGAACAACAUUCACCCCCCUUAUAUGAAAGUGGGACGAAUGAUGAACUUGGCAAAAGAGAGGAACAAUUAAGCAGUGAUAAGGUUCCAGAAGAGCCUGUCCGAUUUGGUUGGAUAAAAGGUGUAAUGGUUCGAUGCAUGCUGAAUAUCUGGGGCGUUAUUCUGUAUUUACGGUUGUCGUGGAUUACUGCACAGGCUGGAAUAGCUUUGACAUGGUUAAUCAUCAUUAUGUCUAUAGUUGUAACCAGCAUCACAGGUUUAUCCAUAUCCGCAAUAUCUACUAAUGGCAAAGUCAAAUCAGGUGGUACAUAUUUCCUCAUCUCCAGGAGCCUUGGGCCAGAGCUUGGAGGCUCCAUUGGUCUCAUUUUUGCUUUUGCGAAUGCAGUGGCAGUUGCCAUGCAUACCGUAGGCUUCGCUGAGACUGUAAGAGAUCUCCUCAUUGAGCACAGUGCAACAAUUGUGGAUCCCACAAAUGAUAUCCGGAUUAUUGGAGUCAUAACAGUUACAGUGCUGCUUGGGAUUUCACUGGCUGGAAUGGAAUGGGAAGCAAAGGCACAAAUUGGCUUCUUCUUUGUGAUCCUUGUGUCCCUUGCAAAUUACAUUGUGGGAACAAUUAUCCCACCAUCAAAGGAGAAACAGGCCAAAGGCUUCUUCAGUUACCGAGGUGAUAUAUUUGCCCAAAACUUUCUGCCCAACUGGCGAGGUGAGGAUGCGUCGUUCUUUGGCAUGUUUUCCAUUUUCUUCCCCUCUGCAACUGGGAUCCUGGCAGGUGCAAACAUCUCCGGUGACCUGAAGGAUCCUGCUGUUGCCAUUCCCAAGGGAACCCUGUCUGCCAUUUUUUGGACAGCACUUUCCUACCUCAUAAUUUCUGUCACCAUUGGAUCUUGUAUGAUACUUGAUGCAUCUGGUAGUGUGAAUGACACCAUUCCUAUUGGAUCAACGGAUUGUGAAGGCAUUGCCUGUGGCUAUGGAUGGAACUUCACUGAAUGUACACAGACUGGGACUUGUAAAUAUGGACUCAUUAACAACUACCAGUCUAUGAGUCUGGUGUCUGGAUUUGCACCGUUGAUUACAGCUGGGAUCUUUGGAGCUACUCUGUCUUCGGCUCUUGCCUGUCUUGUGUCUGCACCCAAAGUCUUCCAGUGUCUCUGCAAGGACAACCUUUACCCUGGCAUUGGUUUCUUUGGAAAAGGCUAUGGGAAGAAUAACGAGCCCAUCUACAGUUACCUUCUCACCUACUUCAUUGCUAUUGGUUUCAUUCUUAUUGCGGAACUGAACACAAUAGCUCCAAUCAUCUCCAACUUUUUUCUGUGCUCCUAUGCUCUCAUCAAUUUUAGCUGCUUCCAUGCUUCGAUUACCAACUCCCCAGGUUGGAGACCUUCAUUCACAUAUUAUAACAAAUGGACCUCCCUGUUUGGUGCAGUUGUUUCAGUGGCCAUCAUGUUCUUAUUGACGUGGUGGGCAGCCCUCAUUGCCAUUGGAAUUGUAGGUUUCCUUCUGGCGUAUGCGUUGUACAAAAAGCCUGCUGUAAAUUGGGGGUCAUCCGUUCAAGCUGGCUCCUAUAACAUGGCCCUGUCCUACUCUGUGGGUUUGAAUGAAGUGGACGAUCAUGUUAAAAAUUACAGGCCUCAGUGUUUGGUUCUUACUGGUCCUCCUAACUUCCGUCCAGCACUGGUAGAUUUUGUUGGAACUGUUACCAAAAACCAUAGUCUGAUGGUGUGCGGUAAUGUGCUAAUCGGUCAUCAAAAAGAAAAGGUGCCUGAGGUCACCUCUGAUGGACACUUCAAGUGGAUGACCAAGAGAAAGAUCAGGUCAUUUUAUACAGCAGUGGCUGCAGGUGACUUACGAACUGGAUCGCAAAUGUUAAUGCAGGCUGUUGGUCUGGGGAGGAUGAAGCCCAAUGUUCUUGUGAUGGGAUUUAAAAGGAAUUGGCAAUCUGAUCAUCCACAGAACUUGGAAAACUACACUGGCAUUAUCUAUGACUCGUUCGACUUGAAUUAUGGCGUGUGCGUGAUGAGAAUGAAGCAAGGCCUGGACAUCACAAGAAUGACACAUACUUGUGUAGACUCCAGUGCUGUGUUUGUUGAACAGCAGGCCAGUACCAUUUUCCAGUUGGAACAAGGCAAAAAAAACAUUGACAUCUACUGGCUCUUUGAUGACGGAGGCCUCACCCUCUUAAUUCCAUAUCUGCUCACUCGCAAGAAGAGGUGGCGCCAGUGCAAGGUUCGUGUGUUUGUGGGCGGUCAGAUCAAUCGUAUGGAUGAGGAAAGAAAGGCGAUGAUUAAUCUCCUAAACAAAUUCCGUCUUGGUUUCCAUGAGGUCCAUGUCCUGCCAGACAUCAACCAGAAGCCUCGUCCUGAACAAGUGAAGAGGUUUGAGGAUCUGAUUGCUCCUUAUAGACUGAAUGAUGGAUUCAAGGAUGAAGCCAUUGUUAAUGAGUUGAGGAAGGACUGUCCGUGGAAGAUCUCAGAUGAGGAGAUUAAGAAAAACAACACAAAGUCACUCCGACAAGUGAAACUGAAUGAGAUCUUACUGGAUUACUCCCGUGAUGCUGCACUCAUCAUUAUUACUAUGCCUAUCGCAAGAAAGGAAAAAAGCCCAAGCGCACUGUACCUGGCAUGGUUGGAGACCCUUUCACAGGAUCUGCGUCCUCCUGUCGUGUUAGUCAGAGGAAACCAGCAAAAUGUCUUGACGUUCUACUGUCAAUAACACUUAUUCACUUUAAAACACUCUUGAACUAAAUACUUUCUCAAAUAAUUGACACAACAAAUUUGAAUGUAUGUUGAAAAUGAACUGGUAAAACUAUGCAUGUUUUGGAUAUGUGAUUUUAAGGACUUGAAAAGAAAUGUGACUGAGAGUAUAAGAUCAGCAUGAAAGAGCAGACACUGUGAAAAGGGAACACCCUUUAUAAAGCUAUUAACAUGUAAUAUAGUAAACCUAAUUAAAGUAGUAGUAAUUCUAAUGCAGUCAACUAAUCAAUGCUCAUGCUAUAUGAAACAUAACCUACUAAAUCAAUAGUAAUGCUAAGUCUUGGAGGAAAUUAAAAUAAAACCUGUGGUUAUUCCAUGGAUACUUGAAAUAAAACCACAAUGAUUGUUCAUCAUCUGUUCGAUGGGUCGGGCCCUCCAGCUGCAGUCACGUCCUACAGUCUCUGCACAGUUGCACUCAACUGAGCUGGAUGUGAAGGGCUGAUCUCACUGGCCUUAAAUCAAGUAGGGAGGCCUGUACAGUGACUGGGCCUCAGGCAACAAAGUACAGAGGCCCUGCCCCUAACAGGCUUUGACAAUAAGCAGAGUUGGAGGCUGAGCUUCAUCCUGUCAAGCAUUUUUAAUUCUUAAAUGCCACCUGCUCACAGGUAUUUCAAAACUAUUCAACUUGAAGUAAAUGAUUGGAAAGACUUUUUUAAAAAAAGUAAAAUAUUUUAAAAAAUAAUUAAAACAUAAUUAAAAAUACUGUUUACCUUCCCUUUUACCUCCUAAUCCGCAGGCCGAGAAUCAUUAUUGUAGCCGAUGGGUCACAAGUCCAAUGCUAGAUGCAACCUGGCAUGGGAUACUAGUGAUUCCCAGUGUGAUGCUGGGAAUUCCAGCAAGGCAGGGAUCCAUCAUUGGAUUCCAAGUGGUGUUCCAUCUAUCACUCAGUAAGUCUCAGAGUUCUGUGAUGGAAAAUGUGUGUGUGCUCUUUUGAGAUUUACUGAAACUUGGCUGAAAGGAGCUGCUAACUGUGAUCAGCAAGGUUUGCCCCACUGAGUGCGGUGCAGCAUGUGUAGCUGGGUUCAUGAGUUGGCAACUGAAUCCACAGAAUGAACUGAUAAACUCACUGAUAUUAAGGCUGGGAUCUUCCUCAGCACUUCUCCUGUUCUUCACUGGAAGCUCAACUGAAACACAAGUAAAGUCACAACAGUAAUGAGCCUUGAGGAAAAUCCCAGCCUUCAUGCUUGUCCAAGGUGGACUUACGGUAUGGAAAGUCUAUCAAUUCAGUUGCAAGUGCAUCAUUAAGUUUCCUGGUAAUGAACUGAAGAAUACUUCGAGAUGAGCCUGCUGUGAUGUCCUCAGUUAUCAGGGACAUGCAGCUUAUGGAGUAUCUCAUAUUGGCCCAGAACUCAACCCAAACUCUGGGGCACAAUAGGAGCAGUUUAUGAUGUUAAUUGUUGUGUACACCCAGAGAAGAUAAGGCCUCAAUUUUUGAACAUGUGAAUCCCAUGAUAAGAUUGAUAUUUAAUAAUCACUUAGUAUUUAUCACUUCCUGUGUACAGCAUCUUAAAGCCAUGACUGCAUUUUUAGCCUGUAAUCAUUACCAUGCAUUUAUUAUUGUCAGUAUUUGCCAUCUGAAUGUAUUGAUUGUUGCAUGUAAUCACUUAUUCUCUGAGUCAAAUUUGGUGCCAGGGUAUAUAUUAAGAUUAAAAUAAAAAGCAAUACUGG